CGCAGCAACCGAGCGCACACCCAAAUCCCCGGGUCCCCCUCGCUUGUCCCCAGCUCGGUGCGUCCAGGGAGCCCAUGGAGACCGUUCGCAGUGCGCCUCCGGGGGACGGCGCUGCUGAGGCGCUGCUGAAAGAGCUAGAACGUCAGGUGCAGGAUGUGGUGCGGGCGAGCUCUUGGUGGGAGCGCCACGGUGUGGACUGCGCCAUCCUCGCUCUCAGCCUGCUCGCCUUGCCGGCAGGGUUCCUGUGCCUACGCUUCCAUAAUAUCCUGGCCUUUGCCACUGGCAUCACAAUCUUGGGUGUGUGCCAUUAUACUCUCACAGUCAAGGGCAGCCACCUGGCCACUCACAGUGCCCUCACAGAGUCCAAACGCUGGAGCAAGCUCUUGAUGAUUUUCUUUUUGGAGGUGUGCACAGCCUUUUCUGCAGAGUUCGCGAAGUUCAACCACGUCAACCUGCACCACGUUUACACCAAUGUGGUGGGUCUGGGCGAUUCAAGCACGUGGAAGGCUCCUCUCCUCAACCGCUAUGUCUACAUGUUCCUUGGGCCGCUUUUGGUCCCCAUCGUAACGCCUCUGGUAGCUCUUGAGCAUUUGAGGAAGGAAGAGCCGAGGACGGCACUUCGGACUUUGAGCUUCAUCUGCCUGGGACUUUACUCUCAGUACUGGCUGUUCAUGAAUGUGUCAGGCUUCAAGAACCCCAGUUCAGCACUGGCCUGCAUGCUGCUCACCAGAUCCCUGCUGGCCCACCCUUAUCUCCAUGUCAAUAUCUUCCAGCACAUCGGACUGCCUAUGUUCUCCCCGGACAAGAAGCCCAGGCGGAUUCACAUGAUGACCCUGGGGGUUCUGAACCUGCCACGGCAGCCGGUGCUGGACUGGGCAUUCGGCCACUCCCUCAUCAGCUGCCACGUGGAGCACCACCUCUUCCCUUGGCUCUCUGACCACAUGUGCUUGAAGGUGAAGCCCUUGGUGUCCAAGUUUCUCCACGACAAGCAGCUGCCUUACAAUGAAGACUCAUACCUGGCUCGGUUCCAGCUGUUCCUCAGCCGCUAUGAGGAGUUCAUGGUGCAUGUCCCGCCCAUCACUGAGCUGGUGGGGGUGCAAUGAAGGCUGGGCCCCCUCCCUAGCCCAGUCCUGGCCCUCCUGUACUGCUGGCCCUUGGGGGAGGGGUGUGGACUGGUGGACCUGGAACCGUCCUGGGAUUUGAGUUAGGGGAGACUGUUGGGAGAAGAAAUGGAAUCAAUUCAGAGGCUGUACAUCCUGAUCUACCUAGGCCUCAGCUGACUCCAUCUUAACAUCCCUCCUUCUGUGGCAUCUGAGCCAGAGGGUAGGGCUAAGGGGGCUGGUGACAGGUGAGGUGGCAUCCUAUGUCCAGAAGGAGGGGGCACAGAGCCAGAGCCAGCCUCCUCGGCUCAGACCUCCUCAGUGCCCAGGCUGCUGCUUCCUCCUGUACCUUCCGAGGCUCUAGUCCCCAGGGCCCUCUCUCUAGGGUAAACAGGGUGAACAGGGUGAGGUCAUUUUUUUUUUUUUAGCAGACCCCCUGCCCUGCUCUUCACCUGAAGGAGCCUGUGCCACACUGGGCUCAGCAGCUCUAGGACCCACAGAGUCAGUGAGAUAAAAGGGAGUGUAUUUCCAGGGAAGUGCUCCAGAGGGGAGCAAGUGCAGGCGCAAAACUGGAGAAGGAACUGCCAGCUUUGAGCAUGACCUCCGCUAGCUCUGGACAACUCUGCUUUGUUCCAUGUUCAGAAGGCUCCAACUUGGAGGGGCAGAAUCACUGGGAGGCAGAUGAGGCUGGAAGAGGGCAGAGAGGAAUGAAGAGGGGGGUGAGGGUGGGGUGGGGGAAGGAGAUAGGAGAACUGAAGACAAGGGCUCGGUUUGGCUCUGGGAGGAAGGAUUACAAGCCGGGUGGGAAUAUAAUGGAGCCACUGAUGCCAACGCUAGGAGGAAGCCAAGCUGGGGAACAACACUGAGAUCCAGCCAAGCAGGCAACUGAGAGGGGCUGGGCAUCGCUUCAGCCAGAUGGCAGAGCAGAGAGGUUCAUGGAAGGGCCCAGUGGAGACUGAAGGAGGGACAGAUGAGGUUAGACCUGCAUGCACCGGGAGGCCAGGGCCGCUGUUAGGUCAUAACCAAGCUCCUCACCUCCCCGCUGCUGACAUUUUCUUUGGCUGAUUCCUGGCAGGCUGUGCUGAGCACUGGCUUCUGCUGACUAGACGUUGGGAGCCCAAAUCUUGACAGUCAAAAAUGACUCCCGGUAUAGCCAACUGUCUCCCAAGUGACAAAACUGUCCUUGAUUAAGAACAUGAGGCUGUUCUAGCUGACUCACUGGGGGGAAGGGUGCAGUGCUCUGGUGGUAUGGGAGGGUACAGGGGGAUGGGCUGGCCAGCCUGCAGGAUGGAACCCAUCUGGGGGCUGAUGUGGACUAGUCAGAUGCAGCUGCCACUGGCCUGACAACCCUUCCUGUCUUCUCCCUGAACUCCUCCUCCUUCAGAGCCCUUUCCUCCAGCGAUGGCUCCUGGGCAGCCUCUCCCCUGGGCUCCUUCUGGGUAGGGUCUAGCUGGAUAAAGGCUUUAGCUGCUGCUGGCUUCUUAUCUCUGCUGAGGAUUCUCCACACUCUUCACUCAUCCCCGUUGAGUGUGUGCCCCCUGUUCACUGCUGAGACACUCGCUCACAGCAGUUGCUCGCUCGCUCACAGCAGUUUCGGACCCAAGCACACACACCCCCCGCCCCUGCUUAGUUGUACGCUAUUGCUGCUCAUUUGAAAGGCAUUAGUUCAGAAGAGGCCUUAAGGUCUGAGCAUGCGAUUCAUCAACCGCAAGUUCUCCCUUUGAAAAAUCCAAUGACAGAAAGGGGUCCUGGCCGCGUGCUGUAAGCUAGUGAUUAAAGCUAUCUAAAUAUACAA